ACUUUUUGUGGAUUCAUCUCCAGAUCUAGAUUUCAAAAGCAAGAUCUUUAAAAGGGCGUGCUUUGGGAACUUCUGCAAUUUAUUGAAUGGAGGAUCCAAUGUCUGAAAUGUCCAUAUCAUUUGCAUCAUCCACAGAUUCUUCAAGGAGCAACUCUACAGAUGACAGACACGAGGGUAGAAGUCCAGCUCCUGGCAAAAUCCUAAACUCAGGAUUGCUGUGCAAAGUCUGUUCAGACACCAGCAGUGGAAAACACUAUGGUAUAUAUGCUUGUAAUGGAUGCAGUGGCUUUUUCAAACGGAGCGUGAGACGCAGACUCAUCUACAGAUGUCAGGCUGGUACCGGUAUGUGUCCCGUGGAUAAAGCCCAUCGUAAUCAGUGCCAGGCCUGCCGCUUGAAGAAAUGCCUUCAGGCUGGCAUGAACAAGGAUGGUGAGUAUGCAUCUAUUUUACUUCCUCAUUUAUCUUCUCGACUCAUUUCUAAUCUUCUCAACUUCUCCGUCCACCUCUCAGCUGUUCAGAAUGAACGUCAGCCCCGCAGUACGGCUCAGGUCAGGUUAGACGCUUUGGAUGUUGACAAAGAUAAGGAGCACCUGGCGACCACUCUGGAGCCCACGUCUUCUUCAACCUGCUCUGUCAUCAACCGUUCGAUCCCCAUCAUCAGCUCCACAGAUACCAACCAGCACUCCGGCAGUCCCAAAAACGGGCAUCGCUUCAUGGCCAGCCUCAUGACGGCUGAGACCUGCGCCAAACUGGAGCCAGAAGACGUUGAUGAAAACAUUGACGUGACCAGUAAUGAACCCGAGAGGAGCUCUCCAGAGUACGGCAGUGCUCUCUACCCCACACGGGCUCCCGAAAGUGUGUACGAGACCUCGGCCCGCCUGCUCUUCAUGUCUGUUAAAUGGGCCAAGAACCUGCCAGUGUUUUCCCAUUUGCCUUUCAGAGAUCAGGUGAUACUGCUCGAGGAAGCGUGGAGCGAGCUCUUUCUCCUGUGUGCGAUACAGUGGUCUCUACCCUUGGACAACUGUCCCCUGUUGUCCUUACCUGAUCUCUCGCCUCCAGGACAGGGCAAGGGAAGCCCAUCCGCUUCAGAUAUCAGGGUCCUGCAAGAAGUGUUCAGUCGAUUCAAACCCUUGCAAGUGGAUCCAACCGAGUUUGCUUGCUUGAAAGCCAUUGUCCUGUUUAAGCCAGAAACACGAGGACUUAAAGACCCAGAACAGGUGGAGAACCUACAGGAUCAGUCACAGGUGCUGUUAGCUCAGCAUAUGCACACUUUAUACCCCAACCAAGUCGCCAGGUUUGGGAGAUUAUUGCUUCUCCUCCCGUCUCUACAUUUUGUGAGUUCAGAGAGAAUCGAGCAGCUUUUCUUUCAGAGAACCAUCGGGAACACGCCGAUGGAGAAACUCCUCUGUGAUAUGUUCAAAAACUGAGAGGUGUAAAAUCCUCUGGACUUUAGGUGCUUUGCUUCACUGCCAUGCUAGUUAAUAUGCCAAUGAAUCUGCCUGAAUGUUAAAAAGCUCAAAUGUAUAUAGGCCACAUUAUUUUGCAUAGGUUGCAUAUUUUAUAUCGCUGUAUGUCGUAUUUUGUCUCUUUUUAUUUGUGUUAGUUUUUAUACUCAUAACAUUGCUCAUGUCUAUGCAUAUCCAUUAUGUAAAAUCCUAGAUAUUUGUCACAGCCUGUUAAGAAUACAAAUUGCCUUCCAAUGCUCGUAUAAUGCAAUAUUUUUUUAGCAAAAUAUUUGAUGGAAAUGAAAGUUUGAAGACUCUAAAAUGGGAUGCUACUACAUGGGAUGCUUUAUACUUAAAAUAUAUAUACCUCUAUUUUGUAGGCCAUAUAAAUAAAUAAAUGUAUU